GAAAGCUGCAGAGACCCUGGGCUGGCAAAGAUAAGGCUCUCCAGGAGUAUAAAGCGGUGCGCUUGCCAAAGCCACCUCACAGAGUACAUCUCACAGAGCCUGGUGACAGAGGCGCCAUGAAGGUCUUCCUGAUUCUCUCCUGCCUGGGAGCAGUUGUUGCUGUCCCGGGGGAUGCUGACGACGACAAGAUUGUGGGAGGCUACAAUUGCCCAGUAGGUUCAGUGCCCUACCAGGUGUCCCUGAAUGCUGGGUAUCACUUCUGUGGAGGUUCCCUCAUCAACAACCAAUGGGUUGUGUCAGCUGCUCACUGCUACAAGUCCUAUAUACAGGUGAGGCUGGGAGAGUACAACAUAGAUGUGCAGGAAGACAGUGAAGUGGUCAGGAGUUCUGCAGCAAUCAUUCGCCAUCCUAAGUACAGUUCAAGAAGCCUUGAUAACGACAUUAUGCUGAUCAAGCUGGCAUCCUCGGUGGCCUACAGCGACGACAUUCAAGCCAUAGCUCUGCCCAGCGCCUGUGUUGAGGCAGGCACCGAGUGCCUGAUUUCGGGGUGGGGAAACACAGUGAGCAGUGGCUCCAGUUACCCUGAGAUUGUCCAGUGUCUGCAAGCUCCAGUCCUGAGUGACCAAGCGUGUCAAAAAGCUUACCCGGGCCAGAUCUCCAGCAACAUGGUGUGUGUAGGAUUCCUGGAGGGUGGGAAAGACUCAUGCCAGGGUGACUCGGGUGGCCCAGUUGUGUGCGACGGGGCACUCCAGGGGAUCGUGUCAUGGGGAAUUGGGUGUGCUCUGAAAGGCUACCCUGGCGUCUACACCAAGGUCUGCAAUUAUGUCAGCUGGAUCCAAGAAACCAUUGCAGCCUACUGAUGCAUCGAUGACCACCCGCCUCCUUGGCCACUGCCCUCCUGCCCCAUCGUUCUCCUCUCAAGAAGAUAAUAGCACAAAUAAAAACAUACUUAAGAGCCUUA